AUGCGCGCGAACAAAAAAGAGGGCGGCGGCAGAAACUGGGCGGAGCCUAGAGCUUCUGGCUUGACGACGGAAAGAGCACAAGAGGAAAAUAGAAGAGAGGAGGAGAAUUCGUCGUGUUGCGUAUCGAUUUUGAAAAUUACUUGCACAAAAAUGUUUUUGUGUUGUUGUUGGCCGAUUCAGAAACUUGUUAAGGUAAGUUAAUUUUUGAUUUUUUUUUUCCAAAUUUUAAUUUUGAAGAGUACUUGAGAAAAUUUUUCUUCGCUGUCCAAUUUCUGGCAGAAAAUAAAAAAGUUGGGAAUUUUUAAUAGCGAAAAAGAUGAAUUAUUGAUGGAGGAAAAAUGCUUUUUGAAGAUUUUUUGGCACGAAAAAAAAAAUAAAAAAAUUGAGCAAACCUCAUUUUAACGUUAGAGAGGGGGGAUUAUUUUGUGAGAAAAAAAUUCCAAAAAAACUUUCUAAAAAAAAUCCACGUGAAAUUACAGCUUUUAAAAAUAUUUUCGCGCCAAAAAAAUCCUGAAAAUGUUCUGAAUUCCAAAGAUCUUCUAGCAACUUCAACAAAAACUUUAAAAAUUUUAGCUUCUCUCAUGUUUCGACAGUCUUGUCAUCGCAAUUUUCGCCUACAAUUGCAUCGACACAUUUAUGGACACGAUUAAUAAUUUGUGAGUUUGAAAAAUGAGCUUCGGAAUCGCGGAGCAUCGUUUAAAGUCAAACAAUGAGAUAAGCAAAAAUACACUUUACAGGCACUGGACAACAAUCUUCAGCACAUUCUUCUUCACCUUCUUCCUAGUCUGCCAACUCCUCGCCACAGUUCUAAUCUUCCGCGCGGCCAGCAAAAACAUCGCUCGCUACUGCCUCCCCCGUCUAGUUCUCAUCGGCGGCUUGGCAAUCUGCUCAUUCGCCGCAAUCGUCUUCCUGAUCUACUAUUUCGCAAAAGGUUCCACUCAACUCAAUGAGAUGCUCUAUUCGAUCAUCGAAUAUUUCACCGAUGAGAAAUUGGAGGAUUUGGAACGGAAUGAGUAUAAACAUCAACUUCGCUAUUAUGGAGUCGGAUUUUUGGUGUUGGCUUCGACUUAUUUCAUGUAUAACAUCUUUCAACUUUGGCUAACUUUCAAAUUUCAAUCAACUUUGAAUGAUUUCGAAGCUGUUUCUACUGAACCCACAGCUCCUCAACAAUCUUACAAUCCUGAUUUUGGAGCACCACCUACUAAAUACUACCCAAAUGAUGCUUGA